GAAGGAAGGAAGACGCGCUUGCGUGCCCUGACGGGCAAAAAUUUUUUUCCGAAAAAAAAUUUCCGUCUCUGCAGGUGGAAAUUUUUUUCAAAAAAUUUCCGGAAUCGACUUUAACGGUAGAAAAAAAUUUUCUAUGUUUGAUACAAUGGAAAAAUUUUAAAUUUUUGAAUUUUUUAUCUCGGUGAAUAGUGUAUUUCCGGCGCAUCAAACGCCCCCUGAAGAAAAUGUUUUCGUUUUCCUUGUUAUGAUGGUUUUACCUUUCUUUUCCCCCUCAUUAAAGCCGACACUAUUUGCUUUGUUGCAAUGUAACAACGAAGCGAGCGUCCAAAAUUUGAAGAUCCACUCAGAAGCUCAUGAACAGUCUUGUGCCCAGUGGAUCCACCAUGAGCAGCAGUACUAAGCCGCACGUCCUUGCAAUCCCCUUCCCAGCACAAGGCCAUAUCAUGCCCUUAAUGCAGCUCUCUCAUCGCCUCAUCCGCCGGGGCUUCCUUGUUACCUUCGUCAAUACAGAGCACAUUCAUGAGCGACUGAUGGCUGCAGAACAACCUGGAAAGCCUUCUUCUCAAGAUUUCGCCGGAGAAAUCAAGUUGGUGUCUAUUCCUGAUGGAUGUGCUAACGGAUCUGACCGGAAGAAGUUCGGCACGUUCAGCAAUAUCAUGCUGAAGGAGAUGCCCGGGCCCCUGGAGAACCUGAUUCUCGACACCAACAUCAGAGACGCCCAGAAGAUUACUUGUGUGAUAGCCGAUGUGCAUAUGUUCUGGGCGCUCGAGGUAGCCGAGAAGCUAAACAUUACCAGGGUGGCUUUCUGGCCGGCAUCUGCUGCUACCUUCUCCGUCGUGGCCAGUAUUCCCCAGCUGCUGGAAAAACGAGUUAUAGAUUCGAACGGAUUUCUGAUAGAGAAGAGACCUGUACACUUAUCAGACACGAUGCCAGCCAUGGAUCCUGCUUGGUUUGUCUGGCUUAACGUCGGACAGGAAAACGAGAAAGAGUCCUUCCAGUUUCUUUUGUUAUGCCUCCAAUCAAUUCGGAGCGAUCAUAUCUUGUGUAAUUCCUUUCCCGAGAUCGAAUUCCCUGCGAUCAACCUCAUAAAAAAUGUCAUGCCAAUUGGGCCUCUGCUAUCAGAUAUGCAUUUGCAACCUUCCAAGCUGUGGACGGAGGACACGAGCUGUCUUGAUUGGCUUGACCGGCAACCUGCUCGCUCAGUCAUAUAUGUUUCCUUUGGAAGCCUCACCUUACUGAACCAGCGCCAACUUCUUGAGCUAGCUCAUGGGCUCGAGCUCACCGGCAGGCCAUUCCUCUGGGUUUCUAGGCCAGACCUCAUGGAUGGGUCACCCGCGGUCUACCCAGAUGGGUUUGCCGGAACUUUGGCCGCGGGUCGCGGGUGCGUGGUUGAGUGGGCUCCCCAGCAGGAAGUGCUCUCUCAUCCUUCUAUUGCUUGCUUCUUAACCCACUGCGGAUGGAACUCAACCAUGGAAGGCCUGUACCAUGGCCUUCCUCUCCUAUGUUGGUCAUGCUUUGCUGACCAACACUUGAAUGAGUACUUCAUAGUUGAGGUGUGGAAGGUGGGACUGAGGGUGUCAAAAGGCAAGGAUGGAAUAGUUAGGAAAGAAGAAAUGAAGGACAUGCUUGAGAAGCUGUUGAAAGACGAAAGAAUAAGGAUGAGGGCGAUGGAGAUGAAGGUCAGGGCGAGGAAGAAUGUGAUGGAGGGUGGUGAUUCCUGGAAGAACUUUACUACUUUUGUGGAUCUCAUCAGCUGAAAGAGAACUACUUGGGUAUGUCUUUUAGGGUUAACACUAUACUCUUUCAAGCAACGAAAUUUAAUUCCAGCAUGCAGCGUGUUUGAGUGUUUAUGUGUGCCCACGCACACACAUGUGCAUGUGUGCGUAUGUGAGUGUGUGUUGUAUACAUAUACCUAAUAAUAUUUUUCAUUCGUUUUUC